GGGCUUGUUUCCGGCCACCUCAGCGGGAAGCGGAGACGCCAGCCCAGUAUCUUCGGAGUCAAAGCAGAAGGCAUAACUGUAGUCGCCGCUUAAAAAAAAUCUAGACGCGUCUGGCUUUGCGGGCCAGUGUUGGGUCCCCCGUAGCCUGUGACGAUGGUGUUGCUCACGAUGAUCGCCCGAGUGGCGGAUGGGCUCCCGCUCGCCGCCUCGAUGCAGGAGGACGAGCAGUCUGGCCGGGACCUUCAACAAUACCAGAGUCAGGCUAAGCAACUCUUUCGAAAGUUGAAUGAACAGUCUCCUACCAGAUGUACCUUGGAAGCUGGCUCCAUGACUUUUCACUACAUUAUUGAACAAGGUGUGUGCUACUUGGUUUUGUGUGAAGCUGCCUUCCCAAAGAAGUUGGCUUUUGCCUACCUAGAAGACUUGCACUCAGAGUUCGAUGAACAGCAUGGGAAGAAGGUUCCCACUGUGUCCAGACCCUAUUCCUUUAUUGAGUUUGAUACCUACAUUCAGAAAACCAAGAAACUCUACAUUGAUAGUCGUGCUCGGAGAAACCUAGGCUCCAUCAAUACUGAAUUGCAAGAUGUGCAGAGGAUCAUGGUGGCCAACAUUGAAGAAGUGUUACAACGUGGAGAAGCACUCUCAGCAUUGGAUUCAAAGGCUAACAAUCUGUCCAGUCUGUCCAAGAAAUACCGCCAGGAUGCGAAGUACUUGAACAUGCGUUCUACUUACGCUAAACUUGCAGCAGUAGCUGUAUUUUUCAUCAUGUUAAUAGUGUAUGUUCGAUUCUGGUGGCUGUGAAGUAGUGAAUCCAGUCACUGACAAGGAAGAAUCUAGAACCUGGUGGGUGUAUGUUUUCAGGAAGCUGGGCUCACAGAGAAGUGUAUUAGAAUCUAAGUGGAGCGUCUGCCUCUAAAGACCUUGCAAGAAAAUGAUAUCCUGAAAAUGAAAGGCCACACCUCAUUUAAUGAGCUUAACUCUCUGGAGAAAGUCUCUUUUGGGGGUAGAGCCUUUCUCUGGGUAAGCCAUACAUAUUAGGGAACAGUAGAUUGUUUUGAUUUUUCUCCCCUCCCCCCCAACCCACCAGUGCUUUGCAUUUUAAAGCAUUGACUGGGACAUUUUCGUUUUCUAAUGGAGCCAUCACUGAGAUUUGGCUUAAACAGUCUAUACUGGCAACAUUCUGAAAUUUCUCCAGAGAAGGCACCCGUUUGAAGAAGUUUUUUUGAUCCUAUCAUAUCUAAUCAACAUUCCUUUUGUUGGUAACAUUUAUGGUUUCAGUAACCUGAGUUUCUGAUGGCCUUUGAAACAAGACUCCAGUAUGUGAAGGUUAAUGGCUGUGCUGCAAACAUCUUGUCUAUUGGCCCCUGUAGGAAGAUAACUUUUAUUGUUUUCCUUUCAUGAUAUUUUGCUUAUUGCACACUUGCUUUAGGGUUAAAUGAAUUAUAUUCAGAUGCCUUGGAAUUAUAUUAUAGCACUCCUUGAUUAAGAAACUAAACUGUUUUAUUUGCUCCUUUAAAAAGCUGAAUAAGUUUGAGAUGGUCUUUAUUUUUCAACACCUGGUUUAUAUUAAUAUAUACAAGUGAGUAUAGCAAUCGAAUAGCUAAAAAACAAAAACAAAAAAACCCCUUGACUUUGGCUGAAGAAAGGCCCUGAUCAUAAUGACACCUUUGUUCUGCCCCUUCCUCAUUUCCUUCACUAUACUUCCCCCCACUCUCUCCUCCCACUAACAUUUAAACAUUUUAUCUAUGCCCAGUAGUUUUAUAUCCCCGAAGCAUCUUCUCAGGAUUAUUCUCAAAUUUCAGCAUAGAAAAUGUUCAGCAGUAUAUUUAAUUAAGUUUAAAAUUUUGCUGAACAGUUACUGGAACUAUUACAUACAUUUGAGAUGGUCUCAAAGCACCUCAUACUUGCUUCAGUUUGUAUAACAUUCUCUGAGAAUGUUCUUGCAGUAGGUAGCUCACAGUGGUUUCUGUCAGCAAAUAAGAAUGCUGAUGAUUUUUCCCAUUUUUGCUCAGGGAUGAUGGGAAUUUCCUUUUACCUUCUGAGUUGUAAUUUUUUUUAAAUGGGGAGACUAGGCCUUUUAAUUACAGUCAGAAGGGUCUAAACUAUAACCUGUAACUCCUAUACAAACUGCAAAUGUCUCUUUAAACUGUACAGAAUAAUGAGCCAGUCUUUUUCCACAUCUUUGAAAAGAACUUUAAUCAAUUAGAAAUUUCCUCACUCUAAGGGCUCCUCAAGGUGACUGUCUGAUUCUUGAUGGGGUGGGGGUGGGGGGUUCUGUUUCCUUAUUAAGUUGGCAAGGGGAUAGGCUCAUUUCUGAUAAUUUAUAAAAAUUAGAAUAAAAUUUUUGCUUUCCAUUUUGACUGUUAUUUUGCAAAUUGAAGUUUUAUGCAUGAAAUACAGAUUUACCUUUUUUAGAUGAUAAGUGCUUUUUAAAUUCCCACAAGACUCUAAGUAGUGAUGUUGGAAUAAAAGCCUUUAAAGGCUGAAAACCUGAGUAGUCGUACCAUACCAUUUGAUGCUUCCAUUGGAGUAGAGAGUAGCAGUUCCUGCUGAGAGUUGCAUGCUGCAACCAAAUGGCCAGCAAUGAAAUAAAUACUUCUAGAAUGUUCCCUUCAGUGUGCAUUUUUAUUAGUAGUUAAUUUAAUGUACAUAUCUCCUUUCUAGGUACAUUUCUACCUGAACUCAGUUAACUAAAAGUUGGGGUGGGGGAGAAUAGAGAAAACAACAUGUUCAAGAUUACAUAAAGUUUAAGAUUACAGUGGUAGAAAUGAGAGAACAAGACUGUCAAAAUACCACUUUCAUUGCAGAAAGUGAGGUUAGCUGACAAUAUAAAAUGUGCCCAAACCAAGCAGGCAUCUAAAAUAGAAUGUGAUAAAUACCAGAAAGGGCUACUGGGGACACAUUAAGAAAGAACACUUAAUUCACUUUGAGAGGAAGUGUAGUAGGAAGAGGAAAAUGGAGAAUACAUUUAGACAGUGUCACGUGUAGUCACACAUUAAAGGAGUAAGACAUACUUUGGGCAUUGUAAUUAGCUUGGUUCUACUUAACUCAUAGGAUAAAUGUAAGCAACUAAGACAUGAAGAAGAGUCAACGGGUACAGUCACAAACAGACUUGUCUACCAUGUUAUGGAAUUUAUGGCAGCAGAUGUAUAAAUUCAAAUUAGCCUUCUGAUCAUAAUGAGAAAGAUAUGAAUGAUAUUCUUGGGAGUUGGAAGGUGAAAAUAAGGAGCCACUAAAACUAGAAUGAAACAUGGAAAGUGGUUUCAAGAGAUAUUUCAGAGAGUUGUUCCAGCUACCAAAUAAUAACUGGUGUUUACACAAUGUUUUGUUUGUUAAGCACUUGUUCUCACUUUGAUAUAUAAAUUAAGUACUGUUCACACCCUGCGAAAGAAUAAACCUUACAAAAGAUA